AUGUCUUCAGUCUCCCUCAUGAAGAUUCAAAGAUUUGCCCUGAAGUUAGUACCCUUGUCACCAAGUCUGAAAAGAAGGCUGGCUAGGGCUGUCACCACUUUGAACGCUUCUCCAGAUGGUCAAGGCUCGUUCACACCAUUGCAAGUAAUAGAAUCCAAGAACGCUUCUAGUUUCAUCAAUGCUUUAAGACGAUUUCUCGCCAUCAGAGGACCAGUAAAGCAAAUGAGAUCUGACAGUGGAACCAACUUCAUAGGCGCCUGCCGAGAAUUGCAAAUCAACUCUAAGCCAGUUCAAGACUACUUGGCCAACAAUGGUUGUUAUAUUAAGACCUGUACUCUGAUAAGAACAGCAAUGGCCAGGAAGACAACCAGCAAUAAUGCCAACUGGUCAUUAAAGUCUUUUGAUGCCAUGAUCAAGUAUACAAUUAAAAAGAUGAGCAACAUAUAUGAAUCAGCAGCCAACACCCUUGGGAUCUUCAACAGUCCGUGUCUCACUAAAGUGGAAUUGAGAGUUUCUUGUAAGGGGAUAUUGGACAGAGAUGCGCUCUCCAAACCAGAUCCCUGUGUAAUCCUGAAAAUGCAGUCGCACGGGCAGUGGUUUGAGGUGGACAGAACAGAAGUUAUCAGAACAUGCAUCAACCCUAUUUUCUCUAAAAUUUUCACGGUUGACUUUUAUUUUGAGGAAGUUCAGCGUCUUCGUUUUGAAGUUCACGACAUCAGCAGCAAUCACAACGGCUUGAAAGAUGCAGAUUUCCUUGGAGGAAUGGAGUGCACUUUGGGACAAAUUGUGUCACAAAGGAAACUGUCAAAAUCAUUGCUGAAGCAUGGAAACACAGCAGGGAAAUCGUCUAUAACGGUGAUUGCAGAGGAAUUAUCUGGAAAUGAUGACUAUGUUGAACUCUCUUUCAGUGCCCGGAAAUUAGAUGACAAGGAUUUUUUCAGCAAGUCAGAUCCGUUCUUGGAAACGUUCCGAAUGAAUGAUGAUGGCACUCAGCAGCUGGUUCACAGGACUGAGGUUGUCAUGAACAAUUUGAAUCCGGCCUGGAAAACAUUUAAGGUCUCUGUGAACUCGCUUUGCAGCGGUGAUCAUGAACGCAAGCUAAAGUGUAUAGUCUGGGACUGGGACUCUAAUGGGAAACAUGAUUUCAUUGGAGAGUUCAGCUCAACGUUCAAAGAAAUGAGAGGAGCGAUGGAAGGAAGACAGGUGCAGUGGGAAUGCAUAAAUCCAAAAUACAAAAUGAAAAAGAAAAACUACAAAAAUUCCGGUAUCGUAAUUCUCAACCUGUGUAAGAUCCAUAAAAUGCAUUCAUUCUUAGACUAUAUCAUGGGUGGAUGUCAAAUACAGUUUACAGUAGCAAUUGAUUUCACAGCAUCAAACGGUGACCCACGGAACAGUUGCUCCCUGCACUAUAUCCAUCCUUACCAGCCCAAUGAGUAUCUGAAAGCACUGGUUGCUGUUGGGGAAAUUUGCCAAGACUAUGACAGUGACAAAAUGUUUCCUGCCUUUGGUUUUGGUGCCAGAAUACCCCCAGAAUUUAAGGUUUCCCAUGACUUUGCAAUAAAUUUUAAUGAAGACAACCCAGAAUGUGCAGGUAUACAAGGAGUGGUAGAAGCCUAUCAGAACUGCCUGCCUAAGUUACAGCUGUAUGGGCCCACCAACAUUGCUCCCAUUAUUCAAAAAGUGGCAAAGUCGGCUUCAGAGGAGACACACACUUUGGAUUCCACGCAAUACUUCAUUCUACUCAUCUUAACGGAUGGGGUUAUUACAGACAUGGCUGACACCAGGGAAGCCAUAGUUCACGCUUCUCAUCUUCCUAUGUCAGUCAUCAUCGUCGGUGUUGGAAAUGCUGAUUUUAGUGACAUGCAGAUGUUGGAUGGAGAUGAUGGCAUACUGAGGUCACCGAAGGGAGAGCCUGUACUGCGGGAUAUUGUUCAGUUUGUGCCAUUCAGGAAUUUCAAACACGCUUCUCCAGCUGCCCUUGCGAAAAGUGUUUUGGCUGAAGUUCCAAACCAAGUUGUGGACUAUUACAAUGGCAAAGGGAUCAAACCAAAAUGUUCAUCUGAAUACGAGUCUUCCAGGACACUAGGACCUUGA